GCGAGCAGCAGGACCCGGAUGCCGGCGGGCUAUGGAGUUCCACUUCGAUGUGGACGCGCUGCUCGGGGAGCGGGUCACGGCGGUGGACCAGCACCUCCAGCCGCCGGGCCGCAGGGGGCCCGGCUACACCGCGGCCCAUAGGGUGGAUCUGCAGCAGCAGCUCAUGACCAUCAUAGACGAGAUGGGCAAGGCCUCGGCCAAGGCCCAGAACCUGCCGGUCCCAAUCACCAGCGCCUCACGGAUGCAGACAAACCACCACGUUCUCUACAUCCUGAAGGACAAUGAAGUGAAGACAGCGGGGAAAGGGGCCAUAAUCGGCUUCCUCAAGGUCGGCUACAAGAAGCUCUUCCUGCUGGAUCGCCAUGGGGCUCACAAUGAGGUGGAGCCGCUGUGCGUGCUGGACUUCUAUAUCCACGAGUCACUGCAGAGGCACGGCUACGGGAAGGAGCUCUUCCAGUGCAUGCUGCAGCGCGAGCGAGUGCAGCCCCACCAGCUGGCCGUGGACCGCCCCUCGGAGAAACUCCUCUGCUUCCUCCGCAAGCACUACAACCUGCAGGGGACCAUCCCCCAGGUGAACAACUUUGUGAUCUUCGAGGGCUUCUUUGCUGACCAGCAUGCUCCGGUGAGGAAGUUGCCUUCAAAACGUGCCGAGGAGGAGAUAAAACCCUACUCUCUAACAGACCGAGAGUUCCUGAAGGAGGAGGUGGAGCCACCCUGGCCCUUCAACCAGUCGCAUUCGCUGAACCGCUCCAGCAGCCUGGGGAACUCGCCGGUUCGCACCUGCCUCAAGCCCUUCCUCAACGAGCAGGAGCUGCUGCGGAACCUGCGCCUCUGCCCCCCACACGCAGCCGCCCACCACCUGCUCAACGGCGAGCAGGGUGAGCCGGCCGCCCAGAGACGGAGAACCAGCUCCCUCACCCGCUCGGAAAACACCAGCCAUUGACGUCGCCGCUGUGUCCCCCACCCCUGUCCCGGCUUGGUCGUCCAUUUGUGUCUUGAGAUCUCGGCAAGGGGCGGGGGUUCAGCCCCAUCGCGCCUCCCCGGCCCUUUUUUAUGCGCUUGGGGGGGCUGGCGCAGACGCCGGGUUAUUUCCGGGGCUCAGUGGGUGUUUUUCCUGGGCUGCUUGUUUUUCUAUGGAAUGAUCCUAAAACACCCUCCGAAGAGGGAUCCGGUCCCGUUAGCACAGUAGCUCUCCCCCGCCCCCUUUUUUUUAAAUAUGCGUAUGUUGUACUUUGGAUCCAAAACUCUCAGAGGUUUACAGUGGGAAAUCUGGUUCUGAUCGUUCCUCCCGUGCCAGAUCUCAAAAUGGGAUCCGCUGCUUGGUGCCUGAUCAGAUCCUCCCCCUUUUGUUUGUAGGUGGAUUUAAAGCGAAGGAUCCACUGAAAAUUGGCAACUGCAGACUCAGAAAUAGGACCCCCUUGUUUGUCUUGGGUUCUAAGUGGGAUCCACUCUAGCUUGCCAGGGGACUCAAACUAGGUCUCCUCAAUCCACUCUAGAACCAGGUCCCCUUGCAGAUCACCAAUGGCUUACUUAAGGAUAGAAUCCAUGUGUGUUCCUUAGUGGGUGGAUCUAAAAGCAAUCCACUAAUUUGCUGACUUGAGAAAGGGAUCCCUUUAUUUUUCUGAGUGGCUGAAUCUAAAAGGGAUCACCAAAUGCUAACCUCAUAAUCAGAAAUAGGCUCCCCUUAUGUUUUUCGGUGGAUCUAAGUGGGAUCCAAUGUGGGUGGAGUCUAGAGCAAGGUGCCCCUUGUGGUUCAUGCUUGCUGGAUUUAAAUGAUUACUGCUGAUCACCUUACUGGUUAUGUUUCUUAAUUGGUGGAUCUAAAAGGGAUCUGCUGCAGGUCACCAAUUCCUGGUUUUAAAAUGAGAUCCCAUGUGAUUUGCAGUCGGUAGAUUUAAAAAGAUCCACUCUUGCCCACCAACAGAAGACUCUGAAAUAAAGUCCCUUUGUCUUGUGGUGUUGCUGGAUCUAAAAGGGAUCUGCUGCUGAUUACCAGUUGCUGGCUUCAAAAUAUGACUCCUUCCUUGUUUCCCAGUGGCUGGAUCUAAAAGAGAUCCAGUGCAGAUCACCAGUAGCUGUCUCCAGAAUAAGAUCUGCUUCUGCAUUCUCUUGAGUGGGUUAGAAAGGGAUGUGCUUCAUGCUGCCAACUACUGAAACCAAACUCAGAUUCUUUGAUUGGUGGAUCUGAAAAGGGGCCCACCUUAGCAACACCCAAGACCGACAGGCUCCUGCGUCCUCCAAAGGCGAUCCGCUACAUGUUGCCCAUUGCUAAAUCCAACAAAUAGAGCCCGCCCCCAGCUUCCUGGUUGGCUGGGCUGCCAUAUGGCUCCAUUACAAAUGCCUCCUAAAAAAGUUGUCUACAAAUUGCCAAUGGCUAGAACCUCCAGAGGGAUCCACUGUCUACGGCCAGAUCCCUCCGAGGGGUCCCUUCAGCUGACAGAUCCAUGGUAGGGAGCUAUGGAGGAUGCCCCCAAAGGAACCACUGUUAAUGACUUCUCAGUUGCUUUUGCCCCAGUUCCCCUGAAGGCAUCACAGCUGUUCGUGUGCAGAAGAGUCCAGUGGAUUAGAGUAGGGGGGUUUGAGAGCCAGGACUCCUUGGUACUAGGGAGCGGAGGGGCCUAGUGCGUUAAAGCAGGAAGGCUGCGAGUAGAGAUCCCUGAGUCUCUUCACAGACUCACAAUGUGAAACUGGGCAAGUCCUUUCCCCGCUCUGUGCCUCAGUUUCCCCAUCUGUAAAUGAGGAUAAAAUUAGGGCCCCAUCUCCCAGGUACGUCAUGAGGCUUAAUGAAAGUGUUAAUUAGUUAAUAAUUAUUAACACUGGAAAACUUUGGUUCUAAAUCCUCCCUGACCCCAAUCUGGUGCACUUAUUUUUAAAUUAUAUUAGAACCUGGAGGCCCAGCUGAGAUCAGGGCCCCUUUGUGCCAGGCGCUGCACAGACAUACAGGGAGAGACAGUCCCUGCUGCAGCUGAGAUCAGGGCCCCAUUGUGCCGGGCGCUGCACGGACACACAGCGAGAGACAGUCCCUGCCCCAGCUGAGAUCUGGGCCCCAGUGCGCCAAGCACUGCACAGGCACACAGCGAGAGACAGUCCCUGCACCAGCUGAGAUCAGGGCCCCGUUGUGCCCUGCCUCAAAGAACUGACAAUCAGACCAGGCAGAUAAGGGAAGGAUUGUUCUCCCCAUUUUACAGAUGGGGAAACUGAGGCCAGAGAAAUUCAUGCCUAGAUCCUCAACGGUUUGUAGAUACCUGUGAUGAAGUGGGAAUGUUCUAUAGUAGUUAUAUGAGACAUAUACAUGCCUCAGUUUCCCCGUACUCAGUGCUCCCCAUCAAUACCGUGACAGCGGCAGCUUCUUCCAAACAACGUAACCGUUGGUUAGUCACCCGGCACACGGCAGCUGGAGGUUCUUAGGUCAGCGUGGAGGAAAGAAGUUCAAGCACAGUGAACUCCAUGGUCAGGCGCUGUCUCUCUCAAGCCGACCUCCUUCCUCCGCUCCCAGCUUCCUCCCGAAGCCAGUACUCCUCCCCCACCUCUCGCUCGUUUGUUCUGGGCUUUUUGUUCAGCUUCCUGGCAGAGGGGCGGGGAAAUCCAUGAAGCCCUGGAGCUCAGUCCUCCCUCACUGGCCCCCUUGUUAAUCUGGGUCAGUUUCCACCAGUUCCUUAAGGGCUCUUGGUUCCACCCAGGCAGGGAGGGGACCCCCACCUAUGUCUCUUAGCCUACUCUGAGAGCAAACUUAAAUCUGUUCCUCCACUGGGUACCAGUGCCACAUGCAGGGGAAACUGAGGCACACACAGGCCUCCAUACAAAUACUAUUGAAAGUCCCCACUUCUUCACAAUGCCCAUUGAACUCACUAGCUGUUACCUACUUAGAUGCCUGGGAGGAUCUGCACCUCCAGGACUUGCCAAAGGUCACACCCGCACAUUGGCAGAGCUAGGAACUGAGCCCAGAGCUCCUGGUUCCCAGCCCAGGGCCUUGUCCACCAGCCUUCCAGCGCAUCGCUAGCUCACUGGGUUGACAGUGUCUCUCUGAUCUCUGGCCCCGUUUGUCCCCUCCCAGCCACCCAGGGCUCUGAGCUGCCUUCGGUCGUUAGCGGGAACAUGAGCUUUUGUUUACAUUUCAAUAAAGUUUGGAGAUUUUUUUAAUUAUUAUUCAAAACCUUC